AUGACAAGUUUUUAUAACUUCAUAAGGGAAAAUUUAGUUUUGGCAACAAUUGAAUUAGCUGCAUUGAAUAAGAAGUCAACAUUGAAUUUAAACGACUCGGAAAUAAACGAAUUGCCUUUAUCUUUGUUAAAAAUAAAAAAUUUAACAAAAUUAUAUCUCAAAAAUAACAAAUUAAAAUCACUACCCCACGAAUUUGUCCAUUUAAAAUAUCUUAAAAUUUUGGCAAUGGAUUACAAUUUAUUAUAUUCCGUACCGCCCGAAAUUGGAAAACUCUACGAUUUGGCAUGUCUAAAUCUAAGUUACAACAAAUUAAAUUAUUUAAUACCAGAAAUUGGAAAAUUAAAUAAAUUACAAGUUUUAUGGUUAAAUCAUACGAACCUGAAAUAUAUACCACCAGAAAUUGGUAAUUGCACUUUAUUAGACACAUUCGGAGCCAGAGAAGAAAAUUUAUUAACUUGCAUUCCAAAUGAAAUCGAAGGAUUGGAAAAUCUGAGACAUUUAAAUUUAAGUCAUAAUCCUUUUGAAAAAUUUCCCGAUUUGAAAGAUUUAAAUAAUUUAAAAUUCGUUUUUUUAAAUCAUAAUUACAUAACGGAUAUUGAUUUAGAUGUAUUAGAAAAAAUGAAUUACGUUAAAGAAAUAAACGUGACGGGUAAUCCGAUAAAUAGUAAAAUGAAUUAUUACCAUGUAAAAAAUUUAAAGAUGGACGCCGCCAAUACCGAUUUGUAUUCAUUUAAUGAUGAUGAUGACACCUCCGAAUCUGAUUAUGAUUGGGAUGAAUUGAAGAUUUACAAUUGGAUGAAAUUGGUGAAAAAUAUUUAA